AUUCAUAAGAGGACGAUUCAUUCCCCUUUAUUAUUUUGUUUCUUUACAGCACAAAGCCUUCUCACUUCCUUCCCAGAACCCAAUCGAACCCACGUCGCGUGGGUUCGGUCUGAUCACCUGUUGGCCAAAGCGCAUAAAAUCGAAGGAGUGAUCAGUCAAAUAAUAAUAAGAAGAAGAAGAAAUGGAGGGAACCAAGUUGACUUCUUGUUUGAUCUUGUUAGCUUGUUUUGCAGCUUUUAUUCCCACCCUCAAUGCUCAAGAAAUUGAGCUGGAGGAUGCUUCUUAUUGGAGGGAACGUGCUCUUAUAGCUUAUAAUAGAACUCUCGGUGCUUAUAAGCCGUAUCCACAUCUUGUCACUAGUCACACCAAUGAACAAGUUCGCAGGAUGCUGGAAAACACAACCAACGACACAAGGAGGGUCCUCAGGGGAAAUAAAUAUAAGGGUCCAUGCAUGGCCACGAACCCAAUCGACAAUUGCUGGAGAUGCAAUCCAGAGUGGGCUGAUAACCGCUUCAGGCUUGCAGACUGUGGAAUCGGAUUUGGGAAACCCGCGAUUGGCGGAAAGGGUGGACCAAUUUAUGUGGUGACUGACCCUUCUGAUGAGGACAUGGUGAAUCCUAAGCCUGGGACUAUACGGCAUGCUGUGAUUCAGAAAGGUCCUCUGUGGAUUAUUUUUGGGCGUGAUAUGACCAUUAGGUUGAACCAGGAGCUAAUUAUGGAAAGUGAUAAGACUAUUGAUGGGCGUGGAGCUAAAGUCCAUAUUGCUUAUGGUGCUGGAAUCACUAUCCAGUUCGUAAACAAUGUUAUUAUCCAUGACAUUCGCGUCCAUGAUAUUGUCAAAGGUAGCGGUGGCAUGAUUAGAAAUUCUGUAGAUCAUUUUGGAUUUAGGACAGAGAGCGAUGGCGAUGGCAUAUCAAUCUUCGGUUCUACAAAUGUCUGGAUUGAUCAUGUAUCCAUGUCCAAGUGCUCUGAUGGUCUCAUUGAUGCUAUCGAAGGUUCCACUGCCAUUACUAUCUCUAACAGUCAUUUCACCGACCAUAACGAUGUGAUGCUCCUUGGUGCAAGUAAUCAUCAAGUGAAGGACAAGCAUAUGCAAGUUACAAUCGCGUUCAACCACUUUGGGAAGAGGUUGAUUCAGAGAAUGCCCAGAGUCCGAUAUGGAUUUGUUCAUGUGGUAAAUAAUGACUAUACUCACUGGAAUAUGUACGCUAUCGGUGGCAGCCAAGCCCCUACAAUCAUUUGUCAGGGUAACCGAUUUAUCGCUCCCAGGAGCGAUCGUAUAAAGGAGAUAACCAAGAGAGAGUAUGCUGAAGAAUCAGAGUGGAAGUCGUGGAACUGGCGAUCCGAGGGUGAUUUGAUGAUGAAUGGAGCAUACUUCGUCGAAUCUGGAGAUCCCGCGACAGUUGAGAAUUUCGAAAGAGAUUUUAACCUUGUUAAAGCAGCCAAAGGAAUAGAGGCGCCUCUGAUCACCAAAUUUGCAGGUGCUCUGAAUUGUCUGCCAGGAUCUCCAUGUUGAUAAUAUUUUUCGUAAGAUAGGUCAACAAUCCAAGAAGAAUUUAACGUCAACACUUUGGUAUUUUCUCUGCUGUAAAGAGAAAUAUGUCUUCGUAUUGUAAUUUCAUAUUUUUGGUUUUGCUCUUUUGUCGGUUUAUAUAGAACAUCAAUUAGCAAUGUUUAUGUGUACAAUGACAAAGAAAUGAUCAACUGAUUUUCAAUUGUACAAUCUUUUAUUAUAC